AUCAUCUCACGGUGUCCGACUGACGGGCUGUACCUAGAUCAAUCUGAGACCUAGCUCCUGACAAUAAGGAGAUACUGGAAUUAUUACUUACGUGUUUGCACUAAGCAUUUGCUGCGUCUUCCCUCUGAUCGAUGUCCGAUGAGUGGAACUGUGUGCAAGAUGAAGUUUUCAGAAGAAAAUUACUGACCACCAAGCGACGACAGUUUGAGUUGGUAAUUCGUUCGGAGGCGGUGCGGGAACUUUACCAUAGUGUGGUGGAAUCGAUCAUCCAGUUAUACAAAGAUAACAGAAAUGACCUUGCAUCGUGGGAGCACUUCCGCACGGCCGCAGAUCGCCUCACCGAAAUGCACAAAUUUUUGAAGUUAACGGUGGCCAAAGUAUACGAAUUGGGCACGGCAGAAGGCGCAGCUAACUAUUCGCAUGAAUUUUUUGAAAAACUCUGCGACUUACGGACACAUUUGCACGGAACUGAUAUUCCAUUCGAGUACUUGCGAGACUAUCUAUCACAGUCGGACGAUCCACCUCCAAAACCACUUAGGCGGAGGAAAAGGAUAGCUACCCGCCCAUCUCGUACAACACGAUCUUGGGUGGACUCCGUCGAUGUCGCAGUCUCCAGUACAACACAAUCUGAAUGUGGCUUUUUCACAAAGCUAUUUGAUCCUGGCUGUUCCAGCGCCCAGUCUGUUUCUGAAGAUACAGACUGCGCGACUGUUAAGAGGCAAUGCACAGCACGGUCAAGCCCGUCCUCCAACUCCAGCUGCUCUUCAGCUUGCUACCAACACGACACAGAUCCAUACCUCAGCGAAGACAGUGCUUGUUCACAAAGUGCUUGUAUUUGUGGUCAUUGUUCUCCGGACACAUCCAGUUCAACCAACGACGAAGAUGAAGGAUGUCACCCACAACAAUCUGACUCCCACACUCCCACGGGUCUUUCGUACUGAGACUACUGCCGCAUUCGUUAUGUCUUUUCUUCAAGUUACUUCUUUGGACUGGACUUAAGGUUUCCGAUAUUCACAAGCUAGAUGUCGCAUUCAGUCGUUUUAAAGCGAUCUCAACUUAUCUUCUUCCGUGUUCUACAAUUUAGGCCUCUAUCCCUUCACUUUAGAUCUGCUUGUGAUCCGUUACUGCAUAGUUUCAUCUGUCACGGUUUCUGCCGCUUCUCAAUCUGUUACCUAUCUCCACUGAAGAAUGUUCCUACGUUUUCCCUCUCCAUGCGCAUCGUCCCUUUACCUAAUUUGUUGUCCCGUCUCAGCCUCCUCUAUAUGUAUAUUCACACUGCCUUUGUCUCUGAGGGCAGUACACUGCGUGUUCGAAAAAUGUCGGUGGCUACUUCAUAGGUAUUCUGAGUAGCCGGUUCUGUGCUUCUUCCUCCGAUCGUUGCAAUGCGGCA